CACUCGAGCUGGCUGGAUAGUUUAACACACAGCUAGUUAGCAUGAGGAAUGGGUGUAGUUAGCGAGCUGUUAUAAACCUCACCGUUUUUGGUUUGAGAUUUGUAAAAACGUACAGAUUACCGCAAUAAUUAUUAAUAACUUUUUAAUCAAUACAUUUUGUCGUUAUAAAAAAAACAAAUCACACCAAGUUAUUUAAAUUGUGUAGCAUUUUUUGUCUUGCUAUGGCUUUUCAGGGAGCAGAUGUUUGCUCUCCUUUCUAAAGAACAUGUUUCCGAGAUCUCCAGUCUUCCCCCACAAACAUGGGCACGUUAUCACCCCGGGUAUUUUACCCCACACCUCACAGCAGCAAAGAACUGAAACCCAUCUGACUCUAAAUGACACAAACUUGCACGGCCAACCUUUGAAUGUAUUCCCCGUUAUCCCGAUAUAUCAGUGGAAAGCUGUGCCGGAAUUUUCUCGCACCAAUCCAAACGGAUCCAAGAAGAGGAAAAGUGAUGGAAACACGCAGCAUGACCUGAAGAGGCAGCGCUUCGGUUCUUCCCAUCCAUAUGGACCCCCGGCCAAAACGGGCACUUAUAGCCCAGUGCCUCAGGGGCGAUCCGGCGGGUUUGUGAGAGAGAUCCGUUCUCCUACUCGCUCUCUUAUGCACCCUCCGGUCAGCUCUAAACCAGCAUGUAGUGUGCCGCUUCUCAAAGUGGAGUCCAGUCAGAAUUCCUUGCCGUCACACGUUAUCAAAGAUAAGCUGAGCCAACAGAUUUUGGAUCUGUUCCACACUUGUGAGCAGCAGAGCGAGGACUUGGAGAAGAAGGAAUUCUGUCGUGCGCAGUUACAGAUCGAUAUUCAGAGACUCUUCCCAUGUGCGCGGAUAUUCCUGGCAGGGUCGUCUCUGAACGGUUUCGGUAGUCGGACCAGCGACGCCGAUUUAUGUCUUGUCGUUCAAGAGGGUCCAAUUAACCAGAAAACAGAUGCAGUGUACAUACUCAGUCUUGUGCAGAAACUGCUAUACAAAACGUCUUACAUCGAGAGACUUCAGCUCAUCCGAGCAAAAGUGCCAAUACUGAAGUUCAAGGACCGAGUCAGUGGCGUGGAGUUUGAUUUGAACGUUAACAACACCGUGGGACUCAGAAACACUUUCCUGCUGCGGACGUACGCAUACCUCGAAAAGCGUGUUCGCCCCAUCAUCCUUGUGAUCAAGAAGUGGGCCAGUCACCACAGGAUCAACGAUGCAAGCCGCGGAACCCUGAGCAGCUACACACUGGUCCUGAUGGUCAUACAUUACCUCCAGACUCUUCCAGACCCUGUCAUUCCUUGCCUUCAAAAGGAUUAUCCAGAGUGUUUCAACCCUGUAAUGGAUAUUCAUCUCGUACCAGAAGGACCCAAGAACAUUCCUCCUUUUGUGUCAAAGAACCAGUCAUCUCUUGGAGACUUGCUGCUUGGCUUCCUGAAAUACUAUGCCACAGUUUUCAGAUGGGACAAGUACAUCAUCUCUGUCCGUGAAGCAAAAGCUCUGCCUAAGGCAAACUGCUGGGAAUGGAGAAGCAAGUUCCUUUAUGUGGAGGAACCGUUUGAUGGCUCGAACACAGCCAGAGCAGUUCAUGAAAAAAUCAAGUUUGAUGCCAUCAAAGCAGUUUUCGCAGAGUCCUGGCAGGUGCUGCAAGAGAGGAAAGAUCUGAACUGCAUUUUACCCAUCAGAGAGACAAUCCCGAAAAGAUAACCCUGCAUUUAUGAACCCUUUUUAUUAAGAACGCCGAACCAUGUUUGUACGGCAGCCAUCUUGAACCACUUUUCUUGCAUCACCACUACCUCCGCUACACUGUACCUGUUUAAGUUAAAACCAGUGGCUGAAGAAUGAUCUGAUGUUUGUUUUGUUGCUUAGAUUUGGAGUUUGGGCAGCACUGCGAUGCUAGCCACAAGUUCCUUAAGAUUAAAGAACAAAAAGCUGGAGUCUCCUAGGAGCUUCAAACAUGUGUGUAGAUGAGGUUGUGUCCUUUGUUGCACAAUGUUUCUAAGUAGCUCCUCAGGUUCUCUCCCCAAACAGGUCAUAUUUCUUUCAUCUGUCCUGUAUUUCUUCAAUGAAAUAUAAUUAGCACCAGAUCUCUGAUUUGACGCCUGGUUUUUGACACUUUAAUUCAUACCUGACUUCUCAAAGCCAAGCAUUAGAAAACAAGUCAUUGAUGUACGUUGGCUUUUCUCGCUUUGUCCUGUCACUUCUUGUACAUUCUGUACAGUCUUUUUAAUGUUUAUUUAAAGAAUUAAAAUUUUCUAAUUGAAAUGUUA